AGCUUGAUGCUACGGUCCGGAAAAGCAGCGAGUUGCAGCGAAACGCGUUGACUGUACAGUGUGGAGGAGAGGAGGAACGAGGAUGAUGGGAGCGAAUCGUAUUCCACUCAAGUGACCCAUAUCUUACAGUAGACCCAGAUAUUAUUUAACCUACUUCUUGUUCUCGAGGAUUUUUCUCCGUCAAGAUGUCGGCGUCAGCGAUAUUUAUCCUGGACCUAAAGGGAAAGGUUCUGAUUUGCCGUAACUACAUGGGAAACAUGGACAUAAAUGUGAUCGACCAGUUCAUGCCCAUUCUGAUGAAGAGAGAAGAAGACGCUGAGAUGACACCGCUGAUCAGCCAUGGCUCCGCACACUUCAUGUGGAUCAAACACAACAACCUUUACUUGGUGGCAAUCACUAAGAAGAAUGCCAAUGCUGCUCUCGUGUACUCCUUCCUUUAUAAAAUAGUACAGGUAUUUAAGGAGUACUUUAAGGAGCUUGAGGAGGAGAGUAUUCGCGACAACUUUGUGACGGUGUACGAACUGAUGGACGAGGUGAUGGACUUUGGGUUCCCUCAGACGACUGAGAGCAAGAUCCUACAAGAGUACAUUACACAGCAGGGCCAUAAAUUAGAGGUUGGGGCACCGCGACCUCCUGCCACCGUCACCAAUGCUGUGUCCUGGCGGUCAGAGGGCAUCAAGUACAGAAAGAAUGAAGUGUUUAUGGAUGUUAUAGAGUCGGUAAAUCUUCUGGUGAGUGCCAGUGGCAGUGUCCUGCGCAGUGAAAUAGUGGGUAGCAUCAAGCUCAAAGUGGUCCUGUCAGGGAUGCCUGAACUUCGACUGGGCCUCAAUGACAAAGUGCUGUUUGAGCUCACAGGCAGAGAGAAGAGCAAGACAGUGGAGCUGGAGGAUGUGAAGUUUCAUCAGUGUGUCCGUCUGUCACGCUUUGAGAACGACCGCACCAUCUCUUUCAUCCCCCCUGAUGGCGAGAGCGAGCUCAUGUCCUACCGCCUCAACACUACAGUGAAGCCUCUCAUAUGGAUUGAGAGCGUGAUUGAGAAGUUCUCUCACAGCCGUGUGGAGAUCAAGGUUAAGGCUAAAAGUCAGUUUAAGAGCCGCUCCACUGCCAACAACGUGUCCAUUCUGGUGCCGGUGCCCAGUGAUGCUGACUCACCCAAGUUCAAGACCAGCACAGGCAGCGCCAAGUGGGUGCCUGAGAAGAAUGUGGUGCAGUGGAACAUCAAAUCUUUCCCUGGGGGUAAGGAGUACGUGAUGCGAGCACACUUUGGGCUGCCCAGCGUGGAGAGCGACGAGCUUGAGGCAAAGAGACCGAUCACAGUUAAUUUUGAGAUACCCUAUUUCACUGUGUCUGGGAUUCAGGUGCGCUACCUAAAGAUCAUAGAGAAGAGUGGUUACCAGGCGUUGCCAUGGGUGCGCUACAUCACGCAAAGUGGAGAUUACCAGCUCCGGACGAACUAAAGGGCACAGACGCUGCUAGACGAAUGGAUAUUUUCUUUCUUUGUCUUCGUCUUGCCUCCAUUUCUCCAGAUUCCUCUCUGCAGCGGACAGCAGAGGACAAGUCCAGGAGGACAAUUUUUUUUUCCCUUCCCCUUACACUGAAUGGCAACAGGAUGUCAUCCCUUCCUCUAAAACUAGCUUGACUCAGACAGGAAAGUGUGGUGCAACACCUCUGACCUGUAAUUUCUAUAUCAGAUUCCUCCAGUCUUCAGUAAAGCGUAAAUAAUAAACUGAGCUUCACUCUAAAUGAACCCUGCAGGUUCAUUUAGAGUGAAGUUUCUGGACUCUUAACAAUUUUUUUUCUAGUUUUCUUAAGAAAGAGAAACAACAUGUUAUUGUAGUAUUCGAAACAUGGUCAAUUUGGGCUGCUCAGCUUGUCCAGUGGCUUUCUGCUGUGUACUAUGUAAUCUGACUGAUUAUGUAGUCCCAGUGUACAGCAGCUGUGAUUGUUUAUCGCCACUUCUUAUUUCUCUAAGGGCCAUAAUGUUGCAGACUGGUGAUUUUUUCUGUAUUGAAAAAUGCCAUGUACUCAAGUUACGUUUUGUUCCAUGCAGGAUCUUAGCUUCGACACAAAACCAGUCAGUAUCUUUAACAUUGCUCUUUCUGAAUCACUUCUAUGACCCAUCCUUUAUAUUCAGUGGUUGAUUUUUGUCCUCUCAGAGCAUGUUUUUUUCCAGAACCUCUGUGUUCGUUGCCUCAAAAACUGCCUGCGUCUCAUCGGCCCUAGCACUGUGAACUUAAUCCCCCAGUGCACUGAAAUUAACACCAGCAACCAGAUCAAUGAUUAAUAAGGCACAAUAUUGUCAGAGGCAUCGGCAGUGUAACGCAACACCGUGGACACACUCUCAUGGGGCCUGUAACCUGGUCCUUGUGCUCAAAAUCAGCUUCCAGCUCUGAGCACAGACUGAAGGAAUGAAAAAGGUGGAGGGGUGUUUUGGGGUUUCUUUUUUUAUCCUUAUAUCUGUUGUUUAUACUGUAAUCACUAAUCACUGCCAUGUGGAAAGGGGACUUUAAAGGAAAACAGAAGGGGGUACAAAGGUAAAAUUAACCUGAAGAAAGUUUCUGUGCUGAAUGUGAGAAUAUUGACAAAAUGGUGAAGAAUUUUUCCCCCCAGGAUUCUUCUCGACUCCCUCUACUGUGCACGCUUUUCACCACAUCAGUUCAGCUGCAUUGCUAACAAAACAGAAGACUCCUGAGUCAUUUUACCAUGUUUGCUGUUAAAACAAAAACAUACUAUUACAAUCAGUCAUUUUUUUUCAUGUGGAGACCUGUUUGAGACCCCAGUGACGAUUUUAAUAGAUCUGUGUUAUGUGUUUUGAUUAAUUUAUCAAGGACAAUUUGUCCAUAGGAAACAAAGGGAUAUAUUUGGAAAUAAAAAAUUUUGUACCUUGUUAUGGGA